AUGGCAGUACCGCUGGAUCAGGCCGAAAUCCUGAGCGGCAACGACCUGUUACGCAUCUUACAGCUAUGGGAUGAAAAACACAGCAUGUCGGGAUACGACCCGGAACCGAUCGUGACCCGGCUAGCCGAAAUGUUUGAGGCAGAAAUGCUCGCAUAUAAGAUGAAAGAUCCGGAUCCGUUCGACACGCGGCAUCCGUCGCGCACGGAUCCAAACUGUGAGCUGGGCCGGAUGUUGAAGCUGCUCUUCCGGAAGGAUAACUUCAUUACGCGGCUGGUAAACGAUUAUCUGCGCGACAACUUCUUUACCCGUCAGAAUAUGCAGCACAGUUCGCACGCACUAAAUGUCGCUGCUUGUAGGUUAAUAUUAGUCAUCAUGCCCGGUUUGGAUACAUCCGCCGUCUUUCAAGUGGAGUAUGACCAUCUGAUAAAGCGGCUGUAUAGUUGGGCCGAAACUAGUGUCGAACCGCUACAAAGCUAUGCAACUGCUUUGCUGGGAGCGGCAAUGGAGGAACAGGAGAUUGCCGUAAGUUUUCGAGAGCAAAACAUACGCCUGUUGCCAAUCAUGUUGAAUCGGUUACAUGUCUUGCAAAAGACUCAUCUGCUAGUAGAAAAACAGUCGGAGUCUGAAGCAACCGGAGUUAGCUCUCCGAAGGGAAUAAGCGCGCCUUCUACAAAGUUAGCAUCAGCGUCAGCACAAAUGCAACCGGAAUCGAAUGACAUCGAAAUCGAAUCCACUGCCGGUCCGUCAACAUCGCAUGCCGAGGCCAACGACCAUCGGGCAAUGGAUCUAGAUGAGGGUGAACAGAGUACAACUGGAUCGCGAACGGUUCCGGGUACGAUUAUGAUUCCGUACUAUCCGUUGACGUCCGCCACGAGCCAGAUGUGCAUCCUGAAUUAUCUCACACCGAUGGGCGAGUAUCAGGAGUUUUUGCCGCACGUGUUCGAACACAAUGCGAUGCAGCUGAUUUUCCGUUACAUUGAACAUCUCGACCCGAAGGACACCUGUUUGGCGUUCGAGGCGCUGAAGUAUCUCGCAUCAUUGCUUUGUCAUAAGAAAUUUUCGCUAGAAUUUAUCGCUAACGGUGGUUUGGAGCGAUUGCUAAAAAUUCCUCGCCCAAGCCUGGCAGCAACCGGUGUGUCGAUUGCGUUCUACUACCUCGCCUACUGUGAGGACGCAAUGGAGCGCAUCUGUCAGAUGCCGCGCGAAAUCAUUACAGAGAUGGUAUCAUACGCGCUCUGGUUGCUUGGAUGUUCGCACGACUCUGGUCGAUGCCAUGCGACGAUGUUCUUUGGAUUGAGCUGCCAGUUCAAGAUCAUACUGGACGAGUUCGACAAGCAGGACGGCAUACGACAGCUGUACAACGUGAUUGCCGUGCUGCCCGUGUUGGUCGUAUCCGAUGAUUAUCAAAUGAACGAGGAUGAGGAAGCAUCGGAACGGCAGGUGAUACGUCACGUCUGCAUUGCGAUGAAGAAAUACUUCGAGAACCAUCUGUACUACAAGUACAUCCAGGUGACGCGGCAACAGGAACCUUCCGGUACGCUGACGCAACCUGUGUUUAAAGCUGUAAAAAAUUCUCCGGAAGUCAUCAGUCAGCAGAUUACCGCGCUGCAGGAGUUGCUGCCAAUGAAAGCUCACUGGGCACCGGUGGAUGAGCUGUUGAAGUUGGGCGGUGUCACAUUACUGCUGCGCAUUAUUUUACUUACGUUCGAUUGGACAUAUAGCGGACGCGGCGACACUGUACGGUACGCGCUGGAUGCAUUGAGCGUUUGCACCGUAAUAUCUCGGGUGCACAGCGUCUUCGUCGAGCAAGUGCCACAGCAUGAGGGCAAACUGACGGGCAUUAGCGUUCUGCUGAACGCCGUCGAUGGUGAUGUUGCCGAUGCGGAGGUCCAAAAAUCGGCCCUAGCCUUGCUGGUGCAUUUGGUUUGUGCACCGAUUCAUCGGCCGAGUGUGUCGCUGGCACGGUACGGUUCGGCGAAAAAGCGCAUGCCAAAUAAAAGCUCCGAAGAGCUGAUCCAGAAGGUUUGGGAGAGCGUUCGUUCGAAUAACGGCAUUCUAGUGCUGCUGGCGUUAAUGCGCAUCAAGGUGCCGAUUACGGAUGCGGAUUGUAUUCGUGGGAUGGCUUGCCGCGCGUUGGCGGGCCUUGCACGAUCGGAAACCGUGCGACAGAUCGUCGGAAAGCUACCCCUAUUCGUCCAUGGCGAAUUACAGAGUUUAAUGCGUGAUCCGAUUCUACAGGAAAAAAGAGUGGAGCACGUGCAGUUUCAAAAGUACGCGCUAGAGCUGAUGGAACGUGUGUCGGGCAAGGUGGAUUCGUUCGGCAAUCAGGUGGACACUUCCCUGUCCGACAUUCACAAAGCAAACGUGGUCGCCCAAACGCGAAUCCAGUUCAACGAGCAGCAGGUGUAUCAGCUGGUCUACCAGCACCUAAUUGCAAACGGAUUGAAGGAGACGGCCAGCACAUUGUUGAAAGAGACCGGACUGAGUUCGGCAUCGUUUCAACAGUUGCCCCAUCAUGCACUGCAAAAUCCAGCGUCUUCCUUAUCGCGUUCGGCGGCCUCCCUGCAUUCGCCGUUCGUCUUUCGUUCGCCGAAUUCCAACAUUAUACACCGAUCUCGAAUUCGCAGUCGCACGGUUGAUACGUCUUUCAACGCGUCCAUGGCACAGGCGAACCUCCAGGCGGCCCUAGCGGCGGCGAGCAUUGAAAGCAACAGUUCGGCUGCUUCCACCACCCUUCCCACGGGAGGAUUGAAUGGGUACAUGGCCACGCCGGACGGAUCCUAUGACGGUACCAGCAGUCCAACGAUUGAUCCAGCGGAACCACUCGCACCGAUUAAGCUAAUCAAAAAGCAGACCGUUGCAAAUAGUGGUACCCAAAACGGACAUCAUCCGGUGGCGAACAGGGCGGUGGCAACACCCGCCGAUAUGAACCGUUCGAACACGUCCAGCACAUCGCAGCGUUCGCUGCAGAAGCAGAUUUCCGCUACGGAUGCGUCCAACUUUUUGCUACUAGCCACUACCACAUCCAAAACGUUACCGACCGAAUUGUCCCCACCAGCGGCCAACAACAUAACGCUCAAUUCGAUCAUUACGGAGUAUCUGACGAAUCAGCAUGCCCUCUGCAAACACCCGAUGUCUACCUGUCCACCGUUCGAUCUGUUCAAGCCACACAAAUGUCCCGAUCCGCGCCCGAAUCGGGUGUCCGGUGUUGGGAACAAUUUUGCCGCACGGUUUUACCGACGACAGGCAGGAUUCUCAUCCAGACGGUUUGAUCGUCGGCUGGUGCAUUCAAACUUUUCCGCCUCGCGUGUCCUUCGUACGGUCGAGAUGGAUUAUUGUUUUACCUCCUGUGAUUUUACGCCAUGCGGCACACGGCUUAUAGUUGGAUCGCAAACGGGAGAAGUGAAAAUUUUCAACCUAAACGAUACGAACGAAGAGCACAGCUUCAGCUGUCACGAAACGAAUGUCGCAUCGAUCAAAUGCAGCAAGGACGGUAAAUUGUUGCUCACGUCCGCCGUUUGGCGAUACGGCGUAUCGACCCUGUGGAGUUUGGAGGGUAAUCAAAUAUCGGAAAAGCUCGUAUGGGACGAGGAAGAUUACGUAGAGUUUGCUAACAUUACGCCGGAAAGGGUGUUGGCCACAACAAAUCAGAUCGCCACCAUAUACGAUGUCAACACGGGUCAAAGAGUAAUGCGGUUCGAGCCGACGUUUCCCAACCAGUACACGAAAAACCGUGCCACAUUCUGUCCGAACGAUGAGCUAUUGCUAUCCGACGGUGUCCUGUGGGACGUCACAUCCGGCAAGGAGAUACACAAAUUCGACAAGCUGAACCAAAACAUUUCCGGUGUGUUUCACCCGAACGGGUUGGAAAUUGUGGAAAAUACGGAGGUGUGGGAUUUGCGCACGUUCCAUCUGCUUCGGACGGUACCGUCGUUGGAUCAGACGCACGUAAAAUUUUCUGCCCAAAACGUAAUGUACGGUUUAACGCUGGAUAAGGAAGAUUCGGAGAUGGCAGAGAUCGCAGCGUACCAGACAAGCUUCAAAGUGUUGGACAGCUACGACUACUCGAGCAUAGCCACCAUCGACGUGAAGCGUAACAUCUCCGAUCUGGCCGUCAAUCGGUACGGUAGCCAGAUCGCGAUCGCUGAGAAUCAGGGCGGCUACAACUUGAUGCAGGAAUCGGUGGUACGCAUCUACAGCGUCGGACGGAAACGAAACAGCGGCGACGAUCAGGACGAGGACGAAGAGGAGAUGGAGAAUUCGGAAGAAAACAUGUCCGAAACGGAGUCUGUCGGUUCCUCCGCAUCAAACAGCGACGAGGACGGUGAAGACGACGACGAGAAUGAUGAUGAGGACGAUGAAGAGGGAGAUGGUGAUAACAAUAAUGAUGAGGCAGAUGAUGACGAGGACGAUCAUGAUGGCGGUGUCGAUGAUUCGGAUGACUCGUCCUGGACGACGGCAUCGGAUGUAGAAGAUUAUCUGUUUAGCUACCGCUGA